GCACUCAAUCUAAUCAUGGUUACGAGAAUUCUUUUUGUGGCAAUUUUUGUGUGUGUUUUCGCGCAAGAUUAUUAUGAAGAGCGGCAUAAAUAUCAAUACCGGACGCAAAUGGAGUACCUUAACGAAAUACCGAGCAAAUUCGAGGUCAAAGGGAACAACGCAAUCACUGAAUUCAAUGAAUACUUGUCGAGCAUUCAAGAGUUGGCGAAACGGGACAAUUUGACGAUCAUCUACAAGGUAAAAGUCGAAAUAGUGAACCCGAAAAUGAAGCGAUCAAAGAAGAAGCAAUCGAAGAAAACAAUAUCAAAGAAAUACAAUGUACCUUUGAAGAAGCAGAACAUGAAAUUAUCGAACUUCGAGAUGAUUUUGCGUAAACGUAUGAACGAGAUAGAACAACAACAACAGCGGGCGGAGAAUUAUCUAUCAACGACAGAGAAACAGAGGAUUCUGUUGACAACAAAGCCGCCUUCCUUAGGAAAAUAUAAGCCUAUAAUUAGGAGUGUCCGGACUAAUUACACGAAAAUCGUUAGGCCUGUGAGAAACAAAGUGAUAACAUUGAGUUAGUUUAAAUUUUAAGGUGAUUUUGUAAAUAAAUUGUUUUGUAUGGAAA